AUGAUUGUCCGAUCAGGUGCUAGAUGGAAAAUUGGAAACAACAUAAAUAUUCCAAUGUUUGAGGCCCCGUGGUUAAGAAAUGGGGGAGUUAUUUCGGGUGUUGGGCAAUCUAGCGAUGUGCUUCAGAAUGUUCGAGUCCACUCCUUGAUUGAUCAAAAUACUAAUGGCUGGAAUUACAACAUGGUUAAUUAUUAUUUUGAUUAUGAUACUGUGCAGGAGAUUAUUAGAACUCCCAUUUUUCAUCAAGUGGAGGAGGAUGCUUUGAUAUGGAAGGCGGAGAAAAACGGCCAUUACUCGGUUAAAAGGCAGGCAGUUGGGAUAGCAUUUGGAGACUCAAAAGUUCCGCUGAAAGUGAAUAAUUUUCUUUGGAGGGUUUGUCGGGAUUGUUUACCGACACAAGCCAGGUUGUUGGAUAAAGGAGUGAAUUGCACAUAUUUAUGUGGUUUGUGUGAGGAAUGUUACGAGGAUACGACUCAUGUUCUAUUUGAUUGUCCUAAAGCAAGAAAUGUUUGGUUAAAUUGUUCAAUGGUAGACAAAGUGAGUUCGGUGAUGCUUAAUCAUAACACAGCGGCUGAAAUCAUCCUUGCUCUACUCAAAGAAUUAACGAAGGAGAAAUUCGAACAGUUUGCGAUGAAUUUAUGGAGUUUAUGGAAGAGUCGGAAUCUUCGAAUAUGGCAGAAUAUUUCAGAAACAUGCCAGGCUAUUUCUGCUCGAGCACAACAGAUGUUAGUUGAGUGGAGAGAAGCAAAUAUGAGGAAGCAGAAGUGUAGUGCAGCUGGACAUAUGGUUGUGCAGCAAGCUGAUGUAAAUAUGCAUUAUGUAGGAGCAUCAAGCUUGCUGUCAUCACAUAUCAAGUGGACAAAACCGCAGCAAGGUAAGCUAAAAUGCAACAUCGACGCGGCGUUUUCGGAAGAUUUAAAUCAUGUUGGUUUUGGGUUGUGUAUACGGGAUGCUGCUGGUAAUUUCAGGAAGGCAAAGAUGAUGUGGUCUAAUCCCAUAUGUAGGCCGGAGAUUGGGGAAGCAUUGGGUCUGCUCUAUGCAAUUCAAUGGGUAUACGAACUACAACUUACAAAUGUAGAUUUUGAGAUGGAUGCGAAGUUAGUUGUAGAUUAUUUUAACAAAGGCAGCAACAAUGUUUCUGAAUUUGGAGCAAUAUUGGAGGAUUGCAAAAGAUGCCGCAAUGUUUAUUUCGAAAACUCUAAGGUGGAGUUUAAGGAGACGAGCGAAUGA